UUGUGUGCCACUUUAAAAGGAAUGGGAAGCCUUGAAACCGCCGAGUUCCAUGUUUGUAUCUUGAAAUUGAGAGCGGAGUUGAACUCCAUGUUGAAACAAAGUUACCAACUGUCUUUUAAAUGUAUAUAACUUUUAUUUGUAGCUUUUAUACCGAUCUGGUACUUCAUUGAAUAGCCAAGAAAUGUAAUCGUUUGGAUGCGUAAUGUAUUUAAAUAGUGUUUGCGGUUAUGUAACUUUGUGCACAUUUAUAAUUUAAUGUUCCUAGUCAGCGAACAAUCUAAAACGGCACAAACGGUUUAGUUUCUGUUGUGGAUAAAGUCUGGUGUAAUGGACCCCCAGUCCUCAAUAAUCACGCAAGUUAGUCGCGAUGAAGAGGCGAUUAGAGAGAAGGGUAAGUUUUGGAGAAAGUUCUCAAGAUGCACGUCACAGUUGUUUUGCACCACACUCAAAACUUUUCACAGUUAGCUAGCCUAGUUCGUCCUCCAUUGGGUGUUGUUUGCAAAGACGAGGACAGUGUUUAGGAACCGAAACGAAACUGUAUCAAAUCUGCAAUCGCCUGCUACCAUCGUGUGACCACAAUGAAUUGCAACAACUAAGCAUCAAAUGGCAACAGUGUUGUGAUAAGCGACGCAACUUUUUGACAGGCAAGGUUACUGCAGUGAGGACGAACUAGCCCACUCAAUCAAAUCACGUAACCUACAAUUAAUUGACGAGGCUGCAGUUGCUGUCUGUCAUAGUCUUUUUCAUAAAAAAUGGAACUCUUCUGAAAUAACUUGUUGAGAGUUUUAACAUUUAAAACGUAGCUGUGUAUUACAUUAACCCUUGUUCUAGAAGACUGGCUAACAUGUUUUAGGGGUGGUGCGUUCUUGAAAAGCUUUCCGCUGUUAUGCAAUCAGCAGUUGCCACAAGAGGACUGUGCCGCUUCAAUAGCCUACCCUAGUAUCCACAUUAUAAUGACCCAUUCAAAACAGAGAUUAAGGCCUGCCCACGCACCUUGUACUUCCUCAUUGGCAACAUAAAACUCUCUGGAUGGCGCAGUUAAACUACCGCCAUAGGCUAUAUGAGAAAUGCCAUGUUAGUUUGUUCUCCACGACUUGGUUACAACGUUGUCGGAGUGGUGGCUGUGUCUCAGUGGUAGACCUCAGAGAAGUCUGGAGAUGAUGUGUCAAGCAAGUUUGAGGGCAAGGUGUGAGGUGGCACCAAGUAGCAACUGGACAUGAGUGACCGUAAUUAGUGUGUGAUGUAAUCGUACCAGGUAGACUGUAGUUUUACUUCCUGGUAUGAUCUCCUCUAUUUGCUUGAUGUUUUGAUAACACAUUACUAUACAGCCAUUCUCAGAGAAGGGUUUAUGUUGCAGUGUUUCCCCUAUAUUCAGAGACACACUUUUAAAUGGAUCUAAACUCAGCAAAAAAAGAAACGUCCCUUUUUCAGGACCCUGUCUUUCAAAGAUCAUUCAUAAAAAUCCAAAUAACUUCACAGAUCUUCAUUGUAAAGGGUUUAAGCACUGUUUCCCAUGCUUGUUCAAUGAACCAUAAACAAUUAAUGAACAUGCACCUGUGGAACAGUUGUUAAGACACUAACAGCUUACAAACGGUAGGCAAUUAAGGUCACAGUUAUGAAAACUUAGGACACUAAAGAGGCCUUUCUACUGACUCUGAAAAACACCAAAAGAAAGAUGCCCAGGGUCCCUGCUUAUCUGCGUGAAUGUGCCUUAGGCAUGCUGCAAGGAGUCAUGAGGACUGCAGAUGUGGCCAGGGCAAUAAAUUGCAAUGUCCGUACUGUGAGACGCCUAAGACAGCGCUACAGGGAGACAGGACGGACAGCUGAUCAUCCUCGCAGUGGCAGACCACGUGUAACAACACCUGCACAGGAUCGGUACAUCUGAACAUCACACCUGCGGGACAGGUACAGGAUGGCAACAACAACUGCCCGACUUACACCAGGAACGCACAAUCCCUCCAUCAGUGCUCAGACUGUCCGCAAUAGGCUGAGAGAGGCUGGACUGAGGGCUUGUAGGCCUGUUGUAAGACAGGUCCUCACCAGACAUCACCGGCAACAACGUCACCUAUGGGCACAAACCCACCGUCGCUGGAUCAGACAGGACUGACAAAAAGUGCUCUUCACUGACGAGUCAUGGUUUUGUCUCACCAGGGGUGAUGGUCGGAUUUGCGUUUAUCGUUGAAGGAAUGAGCAUUACACCAAGUCCUGUACUCUGGAGCGGGAUCGAUUUUGGAGGUGGAGGGUCCGUCAUGGUCUAGGGCGUUGUGUCACAGCAUCAUCGGACUGAGCUUGUUGUCAUUGUAGGCAAUCUCAAUGCUGUGCGUUACAGGGAAGACAUCCUCCUCCCUCAUGUGGUACCCUUCCUGCAGGCUCAUCCUGACAUGACCCUCCAGCAUGACAAUGCCACCAGCCAUACUGCUCGUUCUGUGCGUGAUUUCCUGCAAGACAGGAAUGUCAGUGUUCUGCCAUGGCCAGCGAAGAGGCCGGAUCUCAAUCCCAUUGAGCACGUCUGGGACCUGUUGGAUUGGAGGGUGAGGGCUAGGGCCAUUCCCCCCCAGAAAUGUCCGGAAACUUGCAGGUGCCUUGGUGGAAGAGUGGGGUAACCUCUCACAGCAAGAACUGGCAAAUCUGGUGCAGUCCAUGAGGAGGAGAUGCACUGCAGUACUUAAUGCAGCAGGUUACUUUUGAUUUUGACCCCCCCCCCCCUUUGUUCAGGGACACAUUAUUCAAUUUCUGUUAGUCACAUGUCUGUGGAACUUGUUCAGUUUAUGUCUGUUGUUGAAUCUUAUGUUCAUACUGAGGUACUGGUUUGGAAUUGGGCCCCUCUCUUGAAGAUACACUACGCAGAAAUCGCUCCACCGUUUCCUGGUUGCCAAAAUUCUAACAGUUUGCCUAAUUUCAGUUUAUGUGACACAACAAGCACGUAUAGUGUAGGGAAUCAUUGUACCAUCUAAACCGUUGUGAAAUAUAUUUUCCAUAACCAAAAAUAUUGUAUUUUCAGCUGUUUGAAGCUGGUGUAUAAAACCGAAAUUAAGAUGCAAAAACACAACUUAAGAACGGGAAGCAUAGAAAUAGCACACAUAGAACAGAUCUACCUCUUCUUAGACUUGCUUUCAAUGAGAGUGACAGAUUUAUAACACACAUUUCUAUGAAUGUGGUCGCCCAAAACGUUACGUAUUGUAGCUUUAAAGGAUAGAGGUAAUGGAUUAGACGUAUCCAUGCUGAGGCCCUAUUCCCAGGCCUGUCUCUGCUCUCUGUACCUGUCUUGUUGUGUGUCAUCUGAUCCUGCCGCGUUGGUGGUGGUGGUGGGCUGACUCAAUGUUUCCCCCUCUGAUAUUCCCCCGCAUUUCCCCUUCCUGUUUUGGUUUGGCCUGGACGUGGCAGUGGGCAGAGGAGGGUCACAGGUCUGGAACGGGCCAGAGAAAGGGGGGAGAGUGAAAGAGUUUGUAACACGGUCACGUUGCGAGUGAGAGAAAGACAGGGAAUAAAAGGGAGGAAAGUUUAAGGAAAACAUUUGUCCCUUUUCUGAUUGGGCAGAAGUUUGCAGAGAGCGAGUAGUGAAAACCUAGAGCUUUGUUAUAUUAAACAAAAAAGUAAAGUCAGUUUAGUCUUAAGAAAAUGUUUUAAUCCAAGACUGGCAGUCAUAGUCAGACAAUGGUUAGGAAUAGAGAUUCAACAUUAUAAUACAUUGAUUUAAGUGGCUACUCAAACUGUCACUGAUUUUUAAAGUGACAUGUCCCUCAUUACUUUCUUAGCUAUGUUUGCAUAUUCCUCAUUGAAAUAUUAAAGCUGCACAAUAAUGUAUCUCGCCUCAAGGACAUUCCUCUCAUAACUAAUAACUAAGCAAAGUCUAUUUGAUCUGUUAAUAGUUUUCAUUUCAAACCAUUGGGGAAAGGGCAUCAGGUUGAAGCGAAAUGACAGAAAUGAGGUCAAAGACUAAAGAUGCUAUACAUGAAAUAAAUUAUGCAGGAAUGAACUUGAAAAACAACCAUUACUUCACCUACAUUAUUCAUUUACAUUACAUUUUAGUCAUUUAGCAGACGCUCUUAUCCAGAGCGACUUAUUCUUUGGGCAUACAGUAUAUCUACAUAAAUAGGUUGUUCGCAUCUGGACAAAUCCCAACUCGGGCUACAGGAAUUUCCAGGCAUACAUUCAAUCGACAUAACCCCACAAGUUACGCAAGAGUUCAAACUACAGCAUGCACGUGUCUCAAGUUAACUCGGUGCAUGAACCAGGGAGAAAUGAGAGUAAAUAGAUGCUGGAAGACUGUCUGACUGACGGCUGGGUGGCCCCUUUUUUCUUUCUUCUUCCAGGUCCCCCACCCUUGUCGUCUACGAAGCCCAGGAGUCGAGGCCUGUUCCACAGCCUCUUCUGCUGCCUGUGUCAUGAUGAGGCUGAGCCCCCGCCGGUCAACAACAACGCCCCGCUGCUGGUGGAGGAGAACGGGACUGUCUCCAAGGUACGUACCACUCCUCUCUUUAAUGGUCCAGGGAUGGUUUAUACUGUAUGUUUAUGGUUUGCAUAGUUCCAGGUUAAUGCUGUGGUCUAGUUUGUAUGUGCAGUGUUUGUGUAGGUCCAGGUAAAUGCUGUGGUCUAGUUUGUACGUGCAGUGUUUGUGUAGGUCCAGGUAAAUGCUGUGGUCUAGUUUGAACGUGCAGUGUUUGUGUAGGUCCAGGUAAAUGCUGUGGUCUAGUUUGUGCGUGCAGUGUUUGUGUAGGUCCAGGUAAAUGCUUGGUCUAGUUGUCGUCAGUUUUGUAGGUCCAGGUAAUGCAGUGUUGUGUGUAGGUCCAGGUAAAUGCUGUGGUCUAGUUUGUACGUGCAGUGUUUGUGUAGGUCCAGGUAAAUGCUGUGGUCUAGUUUGUACGUGCAGUGUUUGUGUAGGUCCAGGUAAAUGCUGUGGUCUAGUUUGUACGUGCAGUGUUUGUGUAGGUCCAGGUAAAUGCUGUGGUCUAGUUUGUACGUGCUGUGUUUGUGUAGGUCCAGGUAAAUGCUGUUUGUGUAUUUAUGACGUCAUGGUAAAUGUUACAAACUAGGACUCGACUUGAUGUUGGUGUUUUUUUUAGGUCUAUGUCACAGUGUAGUUUGUAUUUUACAUGUAUCAUGACAAAUGUUAGUUUGUGUAUGUUAAUUAUGUGUGUGGGGUUCAGGUCCAAGUCAGACCGCUGCUGCCUCAGGCCAAGUCAAAAGACGCAGGGAAGAUCUGUGUUGUCAUAGACCUGGAUGAAACACUGGUCCACAGCUCAUUCAAGGUAAGACCAGGAAUAUACCGCCGCACCGUUUACAGUAGUAGUAUUAUAUAGUCACAUAGAUGCAUUUUCCCAUCAUCCAUGAGCUCUAAAGCUAUUGGUGAACUUUGAUACGAUUGCUGUAACGUAACAUUUUGCAUUUCGCUUUUCUUAAAAAUGUUCCUAUCCUCGCAAAUGCUAUGGACACAAAUGUUUUUGUGUGCCUUUUUGCAUCUCAUGUUUUCUUGUUAUGGAAGGAGAUUUUUCCCCUCUUGUGAAAGCAUGACAUCACCAGGCAGUAAUGUCCAAUUGUAAUGAGAAACACUCUGAGAGUGAGGAAAGAGAUUCGUUUCUCCACAGUAUUAUUGUUGGCAGUCACAAUGACAUUACAUCUUACAUUUGAGUCACUUAGCAGACGCUCUUAUCCAGAGCAACUUACAGUUAGUGAGUGCAUACAUUUGUCAUUUUUCAUGACAUCUGUCAUUGUUGCCACUUUCACACUCGAGACUAACUGGUUCUUUAUUCUAAAUAUUCUAAAUACACACGGUUGCCCUCAACGUGUUUCAUGAGUCUUUAAAGUGGUUUGGUUCAAAAUAAUGUAUCUUUAUUAUUCCCACAGCCGGUGAACAACGCAGAUUUUAUCAUUCCGGUAGAGAUUGAUGGAACUGUUCAUCAGGUGAGCCUAUCACUAAGCAUGGAGAUGAGCUGAACUAUCACAGACCAUGAAAUUGAUUGAAAUACAUUUUCACAGACAAAUGCCAUCGGCCUCUACCUUUCCAUGUUAAAUCCGUUGGUAUUGUCAAGGUAUUUUAUGGCUCUCUACAAUACUGUAUAUCUGUAUGUUACCCACUACCCAGCCAGUAGCCACUUUCCCCAGGGCAGGUUGUGGGCUGGGUUACCAUGGCAUCUGAGGCCUUGGGUUUUCUACCACAAAGGGAACGUUGAAGUCAUGGUGAGAGACUGUCACCUCCUACAUGGUUCUGAAGUUGGAGCCAACAGUGUAUCUUGGGCCUGGGCCUGAUUCAAGUAAUCCAGGAUAGGUUUGUUCAGAAAGGUAAAGCCUAUUCUGCAUGACUUGGUUCAGGACUAUGACCCUCAGCAGCAGAAGAAGAAGAAGAAGAAGUGAAAGACUGCUCAAUGCAUCUGAGUGGGGGGAUGUUUAUCUUUUGGAAUGAACAAGAGGGGGAAGCAAAAUGUAUUUGGUUAUUUGUUUAGACUUGAAACUUACCAAACAUUGUAUCCAUCCAGGUAUAUGUGUUGAAGCGACCUCACGUGGAUGAGUUCCUUAAGAGGAUGGGAGAGCUGUUUGAAUGUAUUCUGUUCACAGCUAGCCUGGCUAAGGUGAGGACAACACCAUGUCAAACCAGCAAAUUACUCAAUCAAAUCAAAAUACGUUUGUUUUAAAAGGCCCAGUGCCGUCAACGUGAUUUUACUGUGUUUUAUAUAUAUUUCCACACUGUGUGGUUGGAAUAAUAUUGUGAAAAUUAUGAAUGAUGCCCUUUUAGUGUAAGAGCUGUUUUGAAAAGACUGCCUAAAACUUUUGUCUGUUUUGGUGGGAUGGAGUUUUGGCCUGCCUGGUGACAUGGCCAAGCAGUACAUUAGUUAAUGGACCAAUAAGAGAGUUCCAAACCUCACUGCCAAUAACAGCUAGCUUUCAGUUUUCCCCUCCCCAAUCAGACCACUCCCAAAGAGUCCUGCUUGAGAAAUUGCCCUUUACUAUUUGUUUCAUUUUGACCAUUUUUAAUUGAAAACAAUUAUAGUAAGGUACUUAAUUGUUACCCAGAAAUGAUUUGAUAUUGAGAUAAAAACGUCUGCAUUGGACCUUUUAAAGGCUGGUCAAAAGCUGCAAAACACAGGAAAUCACAAAUGUAACAUGUUUUCCUCAUCUGAUACGGACAACCCUAUGUGUGUUCCUCCAGUAUGCUGACCCAGUGUCAGACCUGCUGGAUAAGUGGGGUGCGUUCCGCGGCCGUCUGUUCCGUGAGUCGUGUGUGUUCCACCGGGGGAACUACGUAAAGGACCUGAGUCGUCUGGGCAGGGACCUGAACAAGGUCAUCAUCAUAGACAACUCCCCAGCCUCCUACGUCUUCCACCCAGACAACGCUGUAAGAACAGCUCUCUUCCUCUUCCUCCUCUUCUUCCUCCUCCUCUUUCAUCAUCCAUUACUUUAAAAAAAAAAAGAUGGCAGAUGUUGGCUGGCUGGCUUUAUUGAACUUUAGUUAUGUGAAAACGCUUUACAAUUAAAGUAUUAUUACUAUCUAUAAACAAAUAAUAUAAGUCUAUAAACCUUUUUAUGAAUCAUUUAUAAUAUAUACCAGGUAGAAGCAUGACUUCGUACCACUUGAAGGAAAGUGCCAUUAACUGCCUCUAUAGCUCUGCAUUCUAACUAGCUCACUGUAGUUCAUUGGAACCAGAGUCUGGCUCUCGUUGUAACUAGCUGUAUGACCGACUCUGGUGCCUCUCCUUUGUAUCUAGCUCAUUGUAACUACAUGCAUGUCUGACUCGUUCCCUUCUGUGUGUGUCUGCAGGUGCCUGUGGCGUCGUGGUUCGAUGACAUGGCCGACACAGAGCUGCUGGAUCUAAUCCCCUUCUUUGAGGGGCUCAGUAAAGUGGAGGACGUCUACACAGUGCUCAGGCAACAGAGGGACUCCAGCUAG